ACCUCAUAGACAUGAGAAUUCCCAUCGACAUCUGUAGACCAGUGUUUACUCAUAUGUUUUUUUUUUUUAGCUAUAAACAAACGUCAGAGGAGCACCACAGCUUGAGAUACAGAGCAGUAUUAAUGUGAGACCCUCGAUUUACAGUCACUCUGGGGAGAACAUUGUUGUGGAUGACUGGUUUCAGAGCUAAACCAUAUGGCCACAGUUUGCCACUGGAUAUUUUCCCAUCCUCGAUACAGGUAGUUUCUGAUGCAAGGUCCAUUUUUUUUUAUUUAUUUGAUUAAUUUUAAUCAUCCUUUGUAUUGAAGCUGGAAUUAUUCUUUUGAAAUGAGUGUGCACUUCGAGAGAGUUCCUGGCUUACUGCUCUUUUUGAUGGCUCUGGUUCAUCUCAGUCUGGGCACAAGAUUCACCUUGUUGAUCUCCAUGCCCAACACCUCUAGUCCUUUCAGCCUUGGUCGGAUUGGGGCUGGAGCUCUUGUCGCUAUCAGUUCUGUAAACAACAGUACGAACCUACUGCAAGGGCAUUAUCUGGAUUACCAUUAUGUGGAUGAUGAAUGCAAUGAUCUUCGUGGCCCAGGGAAAAUUGUGGCGCUUUACCAUAGACACAAUUACAGCGCUUUCAUCGGACCAUCUUGCUCAAAUGUCUGUGCAGUGACUGCUAAACUAGCAGCUUAUUGGAACAUUGCUGUCAUCAGUCCGUUAUGUGCAGAGCAACAGUUUCUAGAUAAGAAGGCCUUUCCGACUUUAACAAGAGUGUUUGGACCUUUCACUAAACUAGGAGCUUUCUUUGUGGAAAUCUGUAAACAGUUUGGCUGGAAGCGCAUAGGCAUCAUCCAUGAAAGCAAACCUUCCUGGACUGUUCCCGCCGAGGGGAUCAAGUAUCAAGCAGAGCACAAUAACAUCACAGUGACGAAGUAUCAAGAGAUCCAUGGCUCUCUCUCCCAAGGGUCUUUAUCGACCUGGUCCUGGGUCUUAACUGAGAUGGCUCAAGUCUCUCGCAUUAUUGUGAUAUCCGCACAUGGCAAGGUGGUUCGCAGCUUGCUAAUUGAAGCUCACAAGAAAGGCCUGACUAACGGAGAUUUUAUUUUCCUUUGUUUCGAGCCUUACAAGCAAAAGGUCUUGUUUGGAAGUUUUGACUGGAAACAAGGUGAUGAAUAUGACUCAGUGGCUAGGCAAGCUUAUCAGGCCCUGUUUUUUGUGUCUCUGUAUAAACCCAGUGAUAAACAGUAUCAGGCCUUCUCAGAGAAAGUCAUCAGAAGAUCCAAAACAGACUUUGGCUAUACAUAUACUCCUUAUAUUGAGAAGGUGUCAGUGUUAGCAGCUAUAGCCCAUGAUACUGUCUGGCUGUAUGCCCAUGCACUGAAUGAAACUUUGGCAGAAAAUGGAAACCCGUAUGAUGGCUUAGCCAUCACUAGACGAAUGCGGAACAGGACCAUUACAGGUAUCCAAGGAGAUGUAACUAUUGAUGCAAAUGGAGAUCGUGAGUUACACUACAUGAUGAAACAGAUUCAAGAUAGUAAUGAACAGUGUCAGGUCAUUGCAAACUAUUUUGGGACAUAUAAGGCAGUAAAAGGGGUUCACAUCCGCUGGCCUGGAGGACGGACAACUCCUCCCAAAGACUCUCCAGACUGUGGCUUCCAAGGAGAACUCUGCAUCAAUCUAGAGAGAAAAUUGUUGAUUGCCUUGGGGAUUAUUGCUGGCUUGGUGGCUGCAGGAACGCUUGCAAUCUGUGUUCUUUACAGGAAGUACAAACUCCAGGAGGAAGCCUCCAAGAUGUUGUGGACAGUCAAUGCGGACGACGUCAUAAUGAUGGAGCAUCACUCCUCGACCGUGCCAACAAAGUCCCACAGAUCCAAACCCAUUCAGGCUUCUUUGGAAUCUAUCAUAAUCAGCAUGCAAGACAAGCCAUCAGCACAUAGAACCGCAGUCUACAAAGGGACAAUUUGUUCUGUUUGUUUUCUGAAUUUAAGAAACACUCAUCUGAACAGCGAGCUGCUGGCAGAAUUCAAACAGUGCAGAGAUCUGACCCACUAUAACCUUUGUAAAUUUAUCGGAGUGGCCUUGGAGACCCAUCAACCCUUCGUUCUUACAGAGUACUGCCCUAAAGGAAGUCUGCAGGACAUUUUGAAGAAUGAGUCGAUCAAGCUGGACUGGACUUUUAAGUAUUCCCUCAUGCUAGACAUUGUAAAGGGCAUGGACUAUUUGCACCACAGUCCCCUGCACUGUCACGGUCACCUCUCAUCAUCGAGCUGUGUGGUCGACAGCCGCUUUGUCCUGAAGGUCACUGAUUUUGGACUUCACACAGUGAGGCGUUCAGACUCUGGAUCUGACCCCUGGACCGCUCUGCUAUGGAGGGCACCAGAGCUGCUGAGGCAGUCCAUGCCUGCUAAUGGCACUCAAAAAGGGGACGUCUACAGUUUUGCCAUUAUCGCUCAAGAGGUGGUUUAUCGCAGAGGGCCUUUCUACAUCCCCAACAGUCACUUCAGUGCUAGAGAGAUUGUGGAAAGGGUCAGGGCAGGGGGCUGUAGCCCACUGAGGCCGCACAUAGACCGAGCCGAGUGUGUAGAUGAACUAGACGGUCUCCUGGUCAGCUGCUGGAGGGAGAAACCUGCCGAGAGACCAGACUUCUCAUCUCUCAGGACUGCCAUAAAAAAAAAUUGUCCUAAUGGGGGGUCUGAGAACAUUCUGGAUGACCUGCUGUCCCGUAUGGAGCAGUAUGCAUGUAAUCUUGAGGAGAUAGUUAGUGAGCGUACCGCUGAACUCCAGGAAGAGAAGAAGCGGGCAGAGGGACUACUCACGCAGAUGCUACCACGAUCUGUGGCUGCUCAGCUCAUAGCGGGAAAGACAGUGAGAGCAGAGACCUACGACUGCGUCACCAUCUAUUUCAGUGACAUUGAAGGCUUCACAGCCAUGUCAGCAUCCCUCACACCAAUGCAGGUUGUGAACGUGCUGAAUGAUCUGUACACAUACUUUGACAAUAUCAUUGACAACCACAAUGUUUAUAAGGUAGAAACCAUUGGCGAUGCCUAUAUGGUAGUGUCAGGCCUGCCUAUAAGAAAUGGAGACGACCAUGCAAAAGAAAUAGCCAGAAUGUCAUUAGCUAUAGUGCAGGGCAUGAGGAGCUUCCACAGUCCACACGUACCAGAGCAGCAGCUGAGGGUCCGCAUUGGAGUCCAUUCAGGGCCUUGUGUCACAGGGGUUGUGGGUCUGAAAAUGCCACGCUACUGUUUAUUUGGAGACACUGUGAACACGGCUUCCAGGAUGGAGACAUAUGGAUUACCACUGAAGAUCCAUGUGAGCAGUUCCACCAAGUCUCUCCUUGACACUUUCAAGACUUUCCACUGUGAACUGCGAGGUGACAUUCUCAUAAAGGGAAAGGGCUGGGUGAGGACAUUUUGGCUUUUGGGAGAGGACUACUAAACUAGAUGUCCCACUUAAAGUCUGUUUUUUUUUUUUUUUUUUUUUUUUUUUUUUAGAGCAUGCUACGCUAUAUCUCUAAUGUUACUUUGUUUCGCAUGUUUUCAGUGUUUUAGUUCAAUAAGCAAAUUUCUAGGUACAUUACCAUUUAAAAGUUUGGGGCUGGAAAGAUUUAAUGUUUAAUGUUUUUGAAAAAAGUCUCUUAUACUCUUUUAUUGCAUUUAGGCUUUGAUCAAAAAUACAGUAAAACAGUCAUAUUGUGAAAUAUUAUUACAAUUUCUAUUUUAAUAUAUUUACUCCAGGCUUCAGUAUCACAUGAUCUGAUCCUUCAGAAAUAAUAAUAAUGAUUUGGUACACAAGAAACAUUUAUUAUUAUUAUUAUCAAUGUUAAAAAAACAAGUAUUGUGUUUUGUGGGAACCAUAAUACUUUUUUUUUUCAGGAUUCUAUAAUGAAUACAAAGUUCAAAAUACUAUUAAAUAUACUUACUUUUAAAUAAUUUAAUGCAUCAUUGCUGAAUAAAAGUAUUAAUUUCUUUCAAAGAAAAAAAAUCAGUUACACUUUAUUUUAAGGUGUCCUUGUUACAGUGUGACUAUACAUUUAAAGGUAGGGUAGGUAAUUUGGGACAGGCUAGCAAUAUCAAACUAGCUUUAAAAGCAUAAGAUCCCACCCUCCCUUCAGGCGUUCCAAAGCAACGCCUCCUUCAAAACACAUGAACGCACACAGCAGAGUCUGCAAAGUGCCAAGAGAGACAGCGUUCAAUUACCUCAUGUCUCAAAGCACAUAACAUUACACUAAUAAUGAAUGUAAACAACUCAGAGAGCUCUUACUUGUACCACCUGACUGCUGCAGAUUCAUUUCGCCAGUGAUAGUGUUGACAUAGAAACACAAAAAUCCGAGCCUGAGGACAUGAACAGCUAAGAAUUGAACAUCACGGGUUGCCAUCUCGUGCCAUCUUUGGGCUGAAUGCAAUGAGACUUCCACAGAAGAUAUAUGUGCAUUUUUUAAUAUUUAGACUACUUCUAUUAUUGAUUGCUAUCAGAAUGUGAAGAGAGUUUAACAGUAUAACAAAAAAUGUUUUUAAAAUUAUUAUCUAGCUCUGUAGGAUCUUACAACAGUUCCUACAGGAGCGAUUUAUAGAUUAUCAUAACAGAAUAUGCUAAUCAACGACUUUAAGAUGUUUAACUCCACAUCAGCUACAUAAAUUAAGCAACUAACCGUUCAGAAACGUCCUGUUGCAAUCUACAUGUCACUUCUUCUUGAGUCUCUCCAUCAUUGUCCCACUCUGGUUUAAACAUAAAAGGCUGAACAGUUUCUGACAUUUUCAGUGAGUCUGCAUGAGGUAAUCAGCACUGCUAAGUGCUAACAUGAGCUCUUGAAACUCCGCCCUCUUCUUGAGAGCAGCAGCUCAUUUGCAUUUAAAGGGACACACACAAAAAACGAAGCGUUUUUGCUCACCCUCAAAAAGUGACAAAUUGAACAUGCUAUAAAAAAUUAUCUGUGGGGUAUUUUGAGCUAAAACUUCACAUACACACUCUACAUCUUGUAAAAGUGGCAUUAUAGGACCCCUUUAACAACAUGUACUUUAUAUAAUUAGGGUUAGUUGCAUGUAAUUAUGCAUAAUUUACUGUUAUUACUACAGUAAGUACAUGUAACACAUGUUGCAAGGACACUGUAAAAUAAAGUGUUACCAAAAAAUCUUACUGACCCCAAACUUUUGAAUGACAUAUAUCAAUACCAAAGUGUUUUCAUUGUUAUAAUAUUCUAGUUUUAUCUUUACAUUACUCACAAAGUUGACUGGACACUGUAAUUAAAAGGAGAAUAGUAGCCAAAACAGUUUCAGUUUUUAUUUAUUCAUUUAUUUGUUAGUGUUUAUUUGCAUUUUAACACUCAUUGUACAUUAAGUAAUGCUAUUAAAUCAAUUCUAGUACUUCA